AGACUGCAACAGGUGCCUUGAGCAGGAAGCUCGCGUAGCCACCCGCUCCCCGGACGCGUCCAGGACCCACUGCGCCGUGAGCCAUCCUCGGCCCCGGCGUGCGCCACAGACACGGUGACCCCUGCUCUGGGCGAGCCUCCUCCCCGCAUCUCGACUCUACACGGCCCCGCAGCCCGAACGCCCCGAGCCAUGGACGCCCCGGAGCCGCAGCCCGACCCCGACGGCGGGGACGGCCCCGGCCACGAGCCCGGGGGCAGUCCCCAAGACGAGCUGGACUUUUCCAUUCUCUUCGAUUAUGACUAUCUGAACCCUAUCGAAGAAGAACCGAUCGCACAUAAGGCCAUCAGCUCACCCUCCGGACUCGCAUACCCGGAUGAUGUCCUGGACUAUGGCCUCAAGCCAUGCAACCCCCUCGCCAGUCUCUCUGGCGAGCCCCCUGGCCGGUUCGGAGAGCCGGAUAGUAUAGGGUUCCAGAACUUUCUGAGCCCGGCCAAGCCAGCAGGGGCUUCGGGCCCGAGCCCUCGGAUCGAGAUCACUCCAUCCCACGAACUGAUGCAGGCAGGGGGGGCCCUCCGUGGGAGAGACGCCGGCCUGUCCCCCGAGCAGCCGGCCCUGGCCCUGGCCGGCGUGGCCGCCAGCCCGAGGUUCACACUGCCCGUGCCCGGCUUCGAGGGCUACCGCGAGCCGCUUUGCUUGAGCCCCGCUAGCAGCGGCUCCUCUGCCAGCUUCAUUUCUGACACCUUCUCCCCCUACACCUCGCCCUGCGUGUCACCCAAUAACGCCGGGCCCGACGACCUGUGUCCCCAGUUUCAAAACAUCCCUGCUCAUUAUUCCCCCAGAACCUCUCCAAUAAUGUCACCUCGAACCAGCCUCGCCGAGGACAGCUGCCUGGGCCGACACUCGCCCGUGCCCCGUCCGGCGUCCCGCUCCUCCUCACCCGGUGCCAAGCGGAGGCAUUCGUGCGCAGAGGCCUUGGUUGCCCCUCUGCCCGCAGCCUCACCCCAGCGCUCCCGGAGCCCCUCGCCACAGCCCUCGCCUCACGUGGCACCCCAGGACGACGGCAUCCCCGCUGGGUACCCCCCCACGGCCGGCUCUGCUGUUCUCAUGGAUGCCCUCAACAGCCUGGCCACCGACUCGCCCUGCGGGAUCCCCUCCAAGAUAUGGAAGACCAGUCCUGACCCGACGCCCGUGUCCACCGCCCCGUCCAAGGCGGGCCUGGCCCGCCACAUCUACCCUACCGUGGAGUUCCUGGGGCCGUGUGAGCAGGAGGAGAGGAGGAAUUCCGCGCCUGAGUCCAUCCUGUUGGUACCACCCACCUGGCCCAAGCAGUUGGUGCCAGCCAUUCCCAUCUGCAGCAUCCCUGUGACUGCAUCCCUCCCACCACUCGAGUGGCCACUCUCCAAUCAGUCGGGCUCCUAUGAGCUGCGGAUUGAGGUCCAGCCCAAGCCCCAUCACCGGGCCCACUACGAGACAGAGGGCAGCCGUGGCGCCGUCAAAGCCCCGACAGGAGGACACCCUGUGGUGCAGCUUCAUGGCUACAUGGAGAACAAGCCUCUGGGGCUUCAGAUCUUCAUUGGGACGGCAGAUGAGAGGAUCCUUAAGCCGCAUGCCUUCUACCAAGUACACAGGAUCACCGGGAAAACGGUGACCACCACUAGCUAUGAAAAGCUUGUGGGCAACACCAAGGUCCUGGAGAUCCCCCUGGAGCCAAAGAACAACAUGAGGGCCACCAUCGACUGCGCGGGCAUCCUGAAGCUCCGAAACGCUGACAUCGAGCUGCGGAAGGGCGAGACAGACAUCGGCAGGAAGAACACGCGCGUGCGCCUGGUGUUCCGAGUGCACGUCCCGGAGCCCAGUGGGCGCAUCGUCUCCCUGCAGGCUGCAUCCAACCCCAUCGAGUGCUCUCAGCGCUCUGCCCACGAGCUGCCGAUGGUGGAGAGACAAGACAUGGACAGCUGCCUGGUCUACGGCGGCCAGCAGAUGAUCCUCACGGGCCAGAACUUCACAGCUGAGUCCAAGGUUGUAUUCAUGGAGAAGACCACAGGACCUGCAGGGACCUGUGAGACUCGGCCUUUGCCCAUCUCUCUGAUCUCAGCUGACCGUCUCUCCCCCUGGCUUUCCCGGCUGCAGAGAAACCCUCCUGGCUCUGUCUUCAGAUGCUCCGUGCUCCUUCCUGCCUCAGGAUCUUCGCUUGUGCUGCUGGCUCUGUAACAUUCUGCCCCUGUCCCCUCGCAUACUGUGUCUCCUCUUACAUGGAAGCUACUCUCCCUGGGAGGUGUUCGUGUUCAAAUGCUCAUGGCCCAACCCCCAGCCCAAUGGCAUCUCCUCCUGUCCCUUUGACACGCUUUAUUCUCCAGGUGGCACUCAGUGUUUCACCUGUCUAUCUGCUCUCUCUUGGGUCCUCUGGUUCCCAUACUAGACUGUCAGUUCCUUGGGAACAGGGAUAUGCUGUUUGCUGCUGCACUCGCAAUUAUAAGAUUAUCUCUGUGCGUACUAAGUGUGCAUGUGCCAUGCUAAAAGUGGUGUGUCCGCCUUCAUUGUCCCUCCCGCCACGAGAAGCGACUGUAUUAUCCCCAUUUUACAGACAAGUUGACUGAGGUUCAAAGAUAUCAAACCAGAUACCCUGGGUUAGCCCCAACUGGAGAACGAUCUGGAACCCUAGGACGCCAUUUUUCUGAGCUCUGGAAUGGUUUCUCUUGUCAUGUCAAAGAGAAGUCAAGAGGGUAGUUCUGUUUCUGUGUGUUCUGCAAAAUAAAAGAUGCGUAGCCUUCCAGGGGAGGUCAGGCUGGGAGGCCAGGCUGUUCCUGCCCUCGCUAGGAACCCUGGCCCCUGGCCCCUGGCCUCGAGCAGAGUCGGGGGUCCCAGCAAAACAUUGCAAAACAGGAAAAAAUCUAAGGACACAAAAACACAAGCCGUGUGGUUGAGGAGACGGGGUUACCAUGGCUGCGGGCGACUCUCGAGGCUGGCGUGAUCUAGUGUUUUGGAAGGUUCCUCCAUGUGACACAGGGUUUUGGAAUUCUUCAGCUGGUAAGUCCUUCUUAAUUCAGGCCCCUGGCCCUGGCCAAGCCACUCCCGGGUUCUCUGUGUCCCGCGGGGGCGUAGGCUGGACAUAGGCCCACAUCAAAUUACUCAGCUUUACAACUAAAAAUUUUUUGAAGCGGGUUUCUUGUUUUGUUGGAUGGUUUUCUUGGCUCGGUCUGAUGGCAGAGGCUCCCAUCACCUGUCGGGAAAGCAAAUUGAUUUUUUUUUCAAGAGGAGGCGUGGGUGGUGGAAUUCCCUUUUUCCCACUGAGUCACCGAGGCCAGCCGUGACUCACUUUAUUAUUCCCAGGUCCCCAAAGGCUAUAUCGUUUUGGGCUUUGUUUAAUAAAUAGAAUCAUGUAUGCGCU